GGGAGAAUAAAAAAAUCUGGGGUUUUCUCGUCGUUAGGAGUCCGUAUCCAUAUGUGGUUCAAAACCUAGGGAAGGAGAAUAGAGUUGUAAAUUGUAAUUGUGCUUAUCUCGGUAACUCAACUCAGGCAGCUCUACCUGUUCCGGAGCGAGCGUAAGUGGGGCAACGCAUUUUCCUCGUCGUCCCAAUCCCAAACUUGUAAUUCCCAGCUAGGAAAUGUCUCACUCUCACAAAUUGGUCAUCAAGUCUUCAGUCAGUCGUCCCCCAACACCAACACCAACACCAGAUGCGAACAAGGAUCAUCAAGAUCAAAAGCCCUCUCUUCAAGAAAUCAACACCAAGUUCAUUGAGAGCGGAGAAAAAGAGCGGCUGAAGGAGCUUUUGAGGGAAAGGCUUAUAGAAUGCGGUUGGAGAGACGAGAUGAAAGCUCUUUGCAGGGCAUUUACAAGGAAGAAAGGAAGGAACAAUGUUACAGUGGAUGACCUAGUGCAUGUAAUCACCCCAAAAGGUAGAGCAUCUGUUCCUGAUUCUGUGAAGGCCGAACUGUUACAUAAGAUUAGAACUUUUCUUGCAUCAAAUGCUGCUUGAUAUCAUUCAAGUAGUCUACUAAGAAACUUGCCAUUGUGGGUUUCCAUUUUAAGUGCUGUUAGUCUGCUUUUGUCAUAUGAACGCUUUCAUGAAGGAUUAUAAUCACAUUGUUUCUUCGGACUCGUUUGUUGUUUUCUGGGUGACAAGUUGAAGCAACGGAUAGAAGCUGUUUUCAUUGUUAAGUAAGUUGUGCAACUCAAAUUGGCCACAUAAUGUUAGGACUCUUGAGUUGUAUUAGUAUUAGUAUUAUAGUUAUUCAAGACACUGGAUAUUUACAAAGUACAACCCAUCCUUCGAUGAAUUAAUUGUAGUAGUAAAUAGAGAAAAUAAAUGUUAAUUGUAUUCGUGUGUCUUAGAGGUGCAAACAACCCAAGCGCACAGCACGGUUUAGCCCAUCAUGAAUUGUGCCAGCAUGGUUUAUGUUGCUAUGGUAAUGGUGUUUUCAUUUGAUAUAUUUAUUGAUUUUUUAAGUGGUAAGAGCUCAUGAUAUUUUUAGUUGGUAUGAUUGUAUACUUUUAUAAUCAAAAGAAUGUGGCAAUUUAACAAACGG